AACAACACGAUCCUUCCACUGCGAAUCGAUGAUAAUUGACAAGCACACAAGUUUGACCAUCUCCUUACACUGAAGAGCUCACAAACAUCAGCGCAACAUCUUUGCUAAAGUUGACCAACGAUCUCUGAGCAUGUCCGGUACAGUCCACACUGUUCGGUGGGGUAUUCUAGCUACUGGAGGAAUUGCCAGGACUUUCACCAAGGAUCUUGUCAUCGACCCGCAAACACGAGAUGUGACCGACAUCAAACAUCAAGUCGUAGCCGCCGCCUCAUCGAAUUCAAGCGAGCGCGCGGAAAAAUUUCUGCAAGAAUGCGGCGUAAGCGGCGGCAAGGCGUACGGCAGCUACAAAGAGCUUGUGGCAGACGCCAAUAUUGACGUUGUGUAUGUUGCCACGCCACACUCACAUCACUACCAACACGCCAGGCUUUGUCUUGAGGCUGGUAAGAAUGUGCUAUGUGAGAAGGCGUUUACGACGAACGCGGCACAGGCAAAGAUCCUUGCACAGCUUGCGAAGAAGAAGGGUCUCUUCCUCAUGGAAGCGGUAUGGACUCGAUAUUUCCCGGCGUCUAGAGAGAUUCGAGAAAUCGUCAAGAGCGGUAAGCUUGGGACCGUGUAUCGGGUGUUUGCAGAUGUCAGCUUUGGGCAAGAUGUCGAGAAAGACUUUCCUCCAGAGAACAGGAUGGUCAACAUGGACCUUGCCGGUGGUGUUCUACUUGACUUGGGCAUCUAUUCUUUGACAUGGGUUUUUCAAAUUCUCUACCACUGUCUGGAUCCUUCCAUCCGCAAGCCACCAACAGUAGUAUCAGUCAUGACGAAGUAUCCUAUCACUGGAGCAGACGAGUCGACUUCAAUGGUACUCAAUUUCCCGCCGCAUAACGCGCAUGGUAUCGCGACCACCAGCAUUCGUGUAGACAAAGACCCAGACGGUAAAAGUACAGCUGGUUCGCCCAUACGUAUUCAAGGAACGAAAGGAGAGAUCCAGAUACUUGAGACUGGGGGCAAUGGCUUCAGGCCUAGCACCUAUCGUAUCAUUCCCAAGGAUCCGAAUGAUGCGUCUCUACAGGGUAAAGACGUUGAGCACAAGACACCACCGGGACAUGGCAUGUUCUGGGAGGCAGAUGAAGUCGCAAGAUGUCUGCGGGACGGAAAGCAAGAAAGUGAAGGCCUGCCAUUAGCGGAGAGUAUUGUUAUUAUGGAGUCAAUGGACGAAGUGAGAAAGCAGAAUGGUCUCGUAUACCCAGAGCAAAUCGAGAGUACUGACUAUCCACUUGCUGGUUUCUGAUAUGCCGGAGAUCGACUUGGAUCAGGCUCCUAAGACCACUGGAUCUCAGGCGUAUGACUCUGGCUUACUAGUCAUGUAUGUAAUAGAGUAGAUUACCUUUCGAUCGGCAAGACCUACAAGGGAUGAAUAAGUGAGUUCUUCUGUUUGGAGCCUAUCAUCAUGGGCUUUUCAGAACAGACAUCACGCGCCCGUGGAUAAUGGUUCAAGCUAUCGACAUGAUGAUACCAUCUAUGUGCAAGCGAAGGGAUGGCGUCUUCUCCUUUCUUUCUAUGGCGUCUUGACCCUUGUGAGUCUAUUUCGAGCGACUACGGUCUUUGACAGGGCCCUUAAGGCCAAUGAAAAGACCCAGUGCAAACAUGGUCAGAUAGGGG